CCGCUUCUUUCUCCCUCUCCUUCUCCUCCUCGUCACCAACUCCGUCUCCUCCUCGGCCUCGCCCGGUUACUGCUUUAAAGGAGGAGAGAAGCAAGAGUGUACAUGGAGGUCACCCGCGAACAUUUCAAAAGAAUCGAUAACAAGAUUUACAACGGCCGCUCCAUUCAUGAAGAAGUCAAGAGACUAGACGUGAUGAGAAAAAACAAGACCCAACUCAUAUCAGUAUUUGAGACAUUGGGUCAUGAUCCUCUCGCGGACUGGCAAAAGAAGGCUCCCGGAAGGGCUAAGGAGGUCACCCGCGAACACCUAAGAAGAAUAGACAACAAGAUUUUCAACGGCCGCUCCGUCAACCAUGAAGUCAAGAGACUCAUCGCCUCAGCCUCCUCCAACGCGAACCUGAGUCAAAUGUUUGUCGGUUGGGAACCAUACAUAUAAAAUCCAAUAAAGUAUAAUUG